UUGAGGGAAAAUUAAAUCUAUGGCUACUCCUCCUCUUUCCUCCUUCCUAUGGGUUAUUAUCCUCUUUGGUUUUUCUGGUUUUCUAUGCCCUUAUGCUCACGAAGGAAGAGAGACUGCAGAAAGCCACCGCCUUCUUCAUACUCAUACUGUUCAAGUCGACUCUCUAAUCCCAUCAACUACCUGCACUAGUACUACUGCUUCUAACCAAGGUCCUAAAAGCAAGGCCUCCCUAAAAGUGAUACACAAAUAUGGGCCAUGCUUUCAAAGCAAGGAAGAUGAAGUAGCAGCAGUUCCAAAUCACAUUGAAAUCCUCCUCCAAGACCAGUACAGGGUCAAUUCAAUCCACUCCAGGCUUUCCAAGAACUCGGGGAGCCACAAAUUUAGGGACUCUCAUGCCGCCAUCCUACCGGUUAAAGAUGGUCUCACGCUUGGCUCCGGCAACUACAUUGUCACCGUCGGCCUUGGCACGCCCAAAAGAGACCUAAGACUUGAUUUUGACACUGGCAGUGACCUUACUUGGACACAGUGUCAACCAUGCGUCGGACAUUGCUAUAACCAAGUUGACCCCAUCUUCAACCCUUCCAAAUCCACAUCAUAUUCCAACAAUAUUACAUGCACUUCGCCAACAUGCACUCAACUCACCUCUGCCUCAGGAAACAGUCCACCAGUGUGCUCCUCUACCUCACAAUGCAUAUACACCGUAGGAUACGGUGACGGAUCAUACUCAAUCGGCUAUUUCAGCAAAGAAAGGCUAACCAUAACAUCGUCAGAUGUGUUGGACAAUUUCUUAUUUGGUUGUGGCCAAGACAAUCAAGGACUCUUGAACGGCAGUGCUGGGUUGCUAGGCCUCAGUCGCAACAAGAUCUCCAUUGUACAACAAGCCGCACAAAAGUACGGCCUAUUCUUCUCGUACUGCCUACCCUCCACGCCUAGCUCAACAGGACACCUCACUUUUGGAAACAACGGUGGAGUCUCCAACACUGUAAAGUUCACGCCGUUGGUGACAGUUUCUCAAGAUGCGUCAUUCUACGGGCUUGGCUUAACUGGAAUAAGUGUCGGUGGACGUCAACUAUCGAUUCCAACGUCCGUGUUCUCGACACCAGGCACCAUCAUCGACUCUGGGUCGACCAUUACGUAUUUGCCACCUAUGGCGUACAAUGAACUACGACAAGCAAUUCGAGAGUCAAUGCGUGGUUAUCCGUUGACAAGCUCGGAUUCGAUAUUCGAUACGUGCUAUGACUUUAGCAAGAACAAGAGUGUUUUGGUUCCGAGCAUUGCCUUUUUGUUUGGUGGUGUGAGUGUGGAUUUGGACCAUGCAGGGGUGUUUUACAUGCUGAGCUCUUCGCAGGCUUGUUUAGGGUUCACUGGAAAUAGUAAUGCAAGCGACAUAGUGAUUAGCGGGAAUACUCAACAAAAAAGGUUAGAGGUGGUGUAUGAUGUUGCUGGAGGGAGGAUUGGAUUUGGCCCUAAUGGUUGUAGCUAAUUAAGUGAGAAUAAUAAGUCGAGCUAACAACAAAUUAAGGGAAUCGUUUGUGUUAGCUUGUGAUGGGAAUUGAUAUGGUUUAGGGUUUAAUUAGUGAC